AUGUGUGUUUCGUCAACGUGUGAAGACAGUUAUAAUAUGGAACGGAUUAAAAACAUAAGCAUAAUCAUGGACAAUUCGAAUGAUGAUGAAAUCUUAGUACCAGUAUGGAAUGAUGAAAUGGCCUUACUUGGAAUUUUGGCGAACGAUUCAGCCACACUUGAAUAUGAAAUAACUCCAGUAUAUGAAGAAUUUUGGCAAAUAUUGCAGAACAUGUUGCUAAUUAUAGAGUCAAUAAUGCCCGUUAUAUUUUUCAUUGCGAUUGCACGCAUCAUGGGUCAAAAAACAAUGCAUACAAUUCCGGCUGAUACAGUGCUGAGAUAUCUUCUUGAGGUUGUAAUUAUCAUUUCGCCGACAGUGUUAUUUGUAAUUAUACUACAUAAAUACAUUUAUGCUGUAAAUAUCGUUUUCGCUAUUUCCAUGAUAUUCGCAUUGUUUAAGAUUUACAAAACAAAGGCACAAAAACGGUGGUACAUUACGGGUGGUCGGCGCCCAUUCGUACUGACCUUAGUUCGGGUAACAAUCUACGUGAUUACAUCAGUUUGCAUACUUUCUGAGGACUUUGAAUUUUUCCCAAGCGUUUUUGAAUUGACAUAUGGAUUUGGUGUCGGCUUAAAGGAUGCACUUGUGGGAUUUUACGUUUUUUCAAUGGCUAGUGUUGAGCGAAAUAAGAACAAAUGGCAUGGUGUUAGACGGACUGUGAUCCCGCUGCUUCUAAUGGCGCUGGUGCGUUUGGUCAGUAUAACAUAUUUUAGAUAUAUUCAGGAUGAAAAUGAAUAUGGUAUACAUUGGAAUGUAUUCGUCACGUUGGCCGUAACAAAAUGUGUUGGUACUCUCUAUUGUUACUUGUUUAAUUCACGCAUGCAUCAGCUCAUUUCUGGAGUGGCACUCGUGAUUCUGCAUCAACUCGCUCUAAGGGUUUACUUCACUAAAAUGAUUAUGAAUCCACAUUAUCCACGCGACAAUCUAUUCAGUGCGAACCGUGAGGGUUUUUUAUCACUUUCCGGUUUUAUAGGACUUUACUUGAUCUCCGUCUACAUUGGUCGCUGUCUUCGUAAACAGCUUUUAAUUUUAAGCUACGCUCAUAUUAUACACAAAAUAAAAAUAGUUGGAUUGACCGCUCUGGCACUUUGGAUGUUAACGAUUAGCUGUGCUUUUACAGUGUCCAUUUCGCGUGUUACAUGUAAUUUGGGAUAUGUCGUAUGGAUAUUAGCAAUGUCACUAACAUUUACCUUCGUAUUUAUGGUUGUAUUUCAUUUGGUUAUAAAUACAUUGUGGUUUAUAGAUGAAAAUUAUACCUACAGUGAGAUAUAUUAUGGCUCAAUAUUGCACGCUGCUGAUAUACCAUCAUAUAGAGACACCUUGCCUGUGCUUGUGGAGGCAAUAAACAAGAAUGGAUUUUUAUUUUUCAUAUUAACUAUUUUCAUGGCACGCCUCAAUGCGUUUGCAGAUCCACCGGGACAGGAUAGAAAGUACGCUUUCUUAAUAAUAUUCAAUGCAAUGAUUUUUGCAACUGGUAUAGUUUCCCUGAUACAUCACUUCAAAUUUCGUAUAGCAUUUUAAAAGUUAAUUUAUGUAUGUGAAAUGUAAUGUAUGUAUGUGUUAUGAUAUCAAAAUAUUUCAUUUCCUCGUAUGAAAAGAUAAAUAUUUUGAUAUUAGUAUACUAAAUUUAGCAUAUAGUUAAUCGACAUAAUCUACUAUAUGUAUAUAAGAAUAAUUCGAUGUAAAGACAUUUUGUUAAAAUUAUAUUAGUCUUAUGAUUAAUAAUUUUUAGCGUAAUUUUGUUUGCUACUCACAUUUAAUGCACAUUCGAAUUAUUUACUGCCAUUUUGCAUACUCCUAGAAUUACACAUUUGCACUAUUUUAAACAGAAUAACUGUAACAUUUUAAAAAUAUUUUACUUUGUUUAAAAUUUUAAUAAAACCAGAUGACACUUCCUUA